UUUAUCAGCUAUGACGAUAAUAAGGCGUUUCGGGGGUAUAAAAGUGCCCAAUUUCGAGACUACCCGCAUCAGUCACUGUUUUGUCGCACUGUCAAGCACCCCAGCAAUAUGAAAUUCUUGGCGAUUUUUGUUUUGGCCGCUGUUGCCAUCAGCGUUCAUGCCUUGACCGAUGAAGAGAAGGCAAAAGUAAGAGAAUUGGCAACUGGAUGCUUGGACAAAACCUCCGUCGACAAGGACCUGAUCGGCAAAGCGCGCAAACAGGAGUACACCGAACGUAACCCCCAAUUGGCCGCUUACUACACCUGCAUGAUGACCGGAAUGGCCUUCCAGAAAGCCGACGGCACCUUCGACACCGACCGCAUGGCCGAGAAGCUCCCCGGCAGCGGUGACCGCGACAGCGCCGUCAAGGCUAUCAAGAAGUGCUCCGCCCACGACGCCGCCCUUUCCAAGGACGACAACGCCAUGAACUUCAUGUACUGCUUCUACAAGGCCGUCGGCAAAGACUUCAAACUCUACUGUGAAUUAGGUUUAAAUGAAUUUCCAGCCAUCGCAAUUGCAUUGGUCAUUGCUGGUAAAAUGCAUUUGACUGCUGAGCAAUUAGAAGUACUGAAAGAUGCGCGUGUUAAAUGUGAGAACGAACAUAAUACUCCACCGGAAAUGAUUGAAAAGGCCCGUCAUGGUGAACUCACCAACGACGAAGGACUCAAAAAGUUCUUAUUCUGUUUCCUGAAAAAGAUCAUGUUUAUGAAGGAAGACGGUAGCUUCAAUCUGUCACAAAUGGAAUCCUCUUUGACAAGUGUUUUGGACAAUGGCAAACAAGUAUUUGACACAUGCAGUGCCAACGUGGACCCUAGCCCAACAGAAACCGCUUUUAAAUUUGCUCAAUGCUUCCAUGAUCAUGUUACGGACCAUUCAUUUGAGGAACAAUAUUAAUUCAGGUUACUAACGCCAUCUAUCUUUGAAAUAUUCAAGUCAAUGCAUGUAGAUUUCUUCUAAAUUCAAAAUGCACAAAAAUUAUAACCUAAUCUUUAAAUAAAAUAAAAUUUAAUCUAUAAAUUCAUGAUGUAAAUUGAAAUUAUUGUUAUUGUUGUUGAAAUAUGCACAAAAACUGCUUUUAAAUUUGUUUAAUUCAAUUAAUUUGAAAAGCAAUACUUCUAGUAUGACUUCUAACGCCAUCUAUCUUCAAAAUAUUCAAUUCAAUAAAUGUAGAUUUCUUCUAAACUUUAACUGCACAAAAAUGAUAAGCUAACCUUCAAAUAAAAACAAAAUAAAAAAUUUAACCUAUAAAUAAAUGAUGUAAAUUGAAA